GAACCUCGAGCGACUUCCCAACCUUGGUGCACCGCCUAUCACCGCGUCCUCGGCCGUUUCUUCGACAACUAAUAAAUCAGCAGAAUCGCAAAUAUGGCUGCUGUCCAGGGAGCUAUUUCGAAGCGCAGAAAGUUCGUCGCCGACGGUGUCUUCUAUGCCGAGUUGAACGAGUUCUUCCAGCGCGAGCUGGCUGAGGAGGGCUACUCCGGUGUUGAAGUCCGUGUCACUCCCACCGUCACCGACAUCAGUACCACCCACACUCAGGAGGUUCUUGGAGAGCAGGGUCGCCGCAUCCGUGAGCUCACCUCCCUGAUUCAGAAGCGCUUCAAGUUCCCCGAGAACUCCGUUUCCCUCUAUGCCGCCAAGGUCCAGAACCGCGGUCUCUCCGCUGUCGCUCAGUGCGAAUCCCUCCGCUACAAGCUCCUCAACGGUCUGGCCGUCCGUCGUGCCUGCUACGGUGUUCUCCGCUUUAUCAUGGAGAGCGGUGCUAAGGGUUGUGAGGUUGUCGUUUCCGGAAAGCUCCGUGCUGCCCGUGCCAAGUCCAUGAAAUUCACUGACGGUUUCAUGAUUCACUCCGGUCAACCCGCUAAGGAGUUCAUCGACUCGGCCACUCGUCACGUUCUCCUCCGCCAGGGUGUCCUUGGUAUCAAGGUCAAGAUCAUGCGCGGCUCCGACCCUGAGGGCAAGGCCGGUCCUCAGAAGACCCUUCCUGACUCUGUCACCAUCAUUGAGCCCAAGGAGGAACAGCCCGUUCUCCAGCCUAUCAGCCAGGACUACGGUGCCAAGGCUAUCGCCGCCCAGCAGGCUGCUGAGCAGCAGCGUCUGGCUGAACAACAGGCCGCGGAAGGCCAGGAGGGCGGUGCAGCUGAGACUUACGCGCAGGAGUAAUUUGGUCAUUUCUUCGUUCCUGUCAUCUACCUUAUUUCCAUGAACCAAAAAUAAAGACUCUAUGAACCUUCAUAGUCUUCGCUGCGCUGGGAAGCGAUUAGGCUUUGUAAAAUUACAGCUUCGAAAAGACUCAAAAUAUUGAU